AUGUCUGGUCUAGUCUUUGGUCGCCGACGAGUCUAUAUCCUCUCCCAUUUGUCUGCGCUAGGACCAACUAUUUGCACCGCGUAUUCCUCGGCGAGCGAGUGUCUCUUCGCUGUGCCGUGCGAGGCGCUUCCUGAGAUUUCGAUCCCUGAUAUCUUCUUUGCUCACGAGAGAGUAAUCUGGUUUUGCGUGAUCCCACUUGCGGUUUCGACUAUCAUCAUCUUCUUCGGGUUUGAGGAGACUUUAUACUUCCGCACAAUUGUCGAAGGAGUUUACGUGGACGACAAUACGUCCGACGACUCAAAUAAGGAGACAUUGUUAAAGGAGAAGAUUGACGAGACAACGCCUGCGACAAAGAAUUAUCUCACGGUCCAGACUUCGACACAAGUCAUUCCGUCACCAUUGCCAUCGCAGUCAUAUCUCAGUAAGCUGAAGAUCUUCCGAAGCCUUCAGGGCCGGCCAUCUGUCAAGCAAAUGUUUUUCAUGAUGUACCGACCACUGAUGAUAUUCUUUUACUUCCCAUCCAUCGACUGGGCUGGCUUCCUCUACGGCAUCAAGUUAUCCUGGUUCACGGUCUUGAACGGUACCAUGAGCGCAGUAUUGAGUGCUACGCCAUAUUAA